AUGCCACCCCAACAUUGGUCCAUACCUCACUUCACAGGAAGAGCACAUUGUGAUGCAUUGUUAAACACCCUUUGUGAGACAUUGAAUAGCAAACUUGUCAAGGGUCGUGAAAGACCAAUUAUAAGUUGCUUGGAGUUUAUUAGAGAGUACAUAAUGAAGAAGCUUGUUGUUGUCCAAAAGACAAUUGACAAAUGCUCUGGACCACUAAAUCCUACAGCUACCGAGACUCUAGAGAAGAUCAAAGCUGAAGCUGCAAAGUAUAGGGCUGUGUUUUGUGGAAAUGGGAAGUAUCAGUUCACAGGUGGUGAAGGUGUGGACCAAUGUGUAGUUGACAUAACACAAAGUACAUGCUCAUGUAACAAGUGGGAGGUCACUGGCAUACCAUGCAAUCACACAAUUGUAGCUAUAUGGGAUAUGAGGAGAAAUAAUGAGAAUGUUGGGAUACCUGAAACAUGGGUUCACCCAACGUACUGGUUGAAGACAUGGCAAGAGAUGUAUGCCUUUAAAAUUGAACCAAUUAAUGGGAGGAUGAUGUGGACAAAAAGUACUUGUUCAACAAAGUUACUACCACCAAAACAUCAUGUGCCUAUUGGUAGGCCAAAAAAGAAAAGAAGAAGAUCUUCUACUGAAGAUGAUAGUGCUAAAGGGACUAGAACAGUUAGAUGUUCAAAGUGUGGAAAUGUUGGGCAUAAUGGAAGGAGCUGCAAGGGGCAGGCAGUGGGAGGAUCACAGGCCAGUGGUAAUGAUGUGAGAUAG